AUGAAUAAAAAAUUACAACAACAUGGUAUUAUACUAUCUAAUAAAAGAAAACUACUACUUAUAUCAUUUAUAUUAAUAAUAAUUAUAAAUACAAUAUGUAUACCAAUUUUUAUAAAAAAAUCAAAAUCAUUAUCACCAAAAAAGUUAUUUAAGUUUAAGAAUAAGAACAAGAGUAAGAGUAAACAAAUACUACAAAAACCAAUCUUAAAACCUGCUCCAAACCAUAAAAAUGAAUUUCAUCAAGGUUUAGGUGGUGGAUUUUCAUUAGAUGACAUACCACAAGUUAUUGAAGUACCUGAAAGUUCAACUACAACAACUACAACAACAAACACAGAACCAACUACAAUACCAGAAACAGCUGAAGAUAAAAUAGAACAAUUACUUCAAAAUGUCCCAAAUGAUCCAAAACAUUGGUUAACAAAUACAGAAUUAACUAAUCAUAAAAUCCAAAUUAAAAAAGAUGAAUUUUUAAAAGAAAAUUGGAUAAACAAACCUGCAAUAUUUUAUGAUCCAAGAUUUACAUUAUCUUUAUAUUUAUCAGAUAUAAAAAAUCAAUAUCUCACCAAAAAUCCAACAAAUGAUAUAUCAAAAAAACAUGAAAUUGUCAUCCCAUUUGCAUGGCAAGAUUGGGUAGAUUUAACAAUGCUUAAUCAAGAAUUAAUAAAACCUCAUAAAAAAAGAAAAAAUUGUGAAUAUAUGAAAUCUUUUCAUCAUAUUCCUACAAAAAUUCAAGAUUAUUGUAUAAACAAUUUUGAUAUAAUGAAAGAUGAUUUAGAUUUAAUGAAUUUAUCAUCAAUUGAUUUUGUACCUGGUUUUGCAGUUAAAAAAUCUCCAACAAAUAAAGCAUCAAAUGAAGUUAGAAUGUUAGAAGGAAAAUCUCAUUUAUUAACUUAUGCUUCAAAUCCUUUAUCAAUAAUAUUUUUAAGUGAAAAUGGUACAUAUGAAGCUCAAAUUGAUGGGAAACAACGUAUUGUUGAUGGUUCAUUAUUUGAAAAUUAUUUAUCUAGAGAAGGGAAAAUUGAUGAUGAAAUUAUUGAAUUAGAUCCAGUUAAAGAGUUUAAUAAUCUUGUUAGUGAUGUAAAUCCUGAACCAUCCAUAAAUAAAAUUCAACCUACUGAAAUAUAUUUACCUGAAUCAUCAUUUGAUUAUCAACAAGAUAAAAUAGAUUUUCAAAUAAAAGAAUUUGAAAAAAGAAUUAACAAAAUGAAUUCAUUAAUUCAUAAUGAAUUAAAUUUUGAUUUAAGUGAGAUAAAUAACCUCAAGUUAACAAGAUUUGAAAAACAAUAUUAUGAUGGUUUAAAAAUUACCAAAAAAAUAAAUAAUAAUAAUAAAAAAGAACAUACAUAUUUUAGAAUGGCAAGAUUAAAUUUUGGUAAUUCUGAAAAUGAUCAUGAUGCAGGAUGGCAUUAUGAAUGGAGAUUUUUUAAUGGUGCAUUAAGAUUCUUAAAAUCUGGUUGGUCAAUUGAAGAACUACAAAUUAGAGAAUCAAUAUUAUUAGAUAGAAUAUUAAGAAAUUGGUUUAAAUUUUCUCAACAAAAGGGAAUAAUAAGUUGGAUUGCUCAUGGCCCUUUAUUAGCUUGGUAUUGGAAUUCAUUAUUAUUUCCAUUUGAUGAAGAUAUUGAUAUUCAAAUGCCAGCAAAUGAAUUAAUUAAAUUUUGUAAAACUUAUAAUCAAACUUUGGUAGUGGAAGAUAUAAAUGAAGGUUAUGGAAAAUAUUUUAUUGAUUGUUCAACUUUUAUUCAUCAUAGAUCAAAAUCUUAUAAAGAAAAUCAUAUAGAUGCAAGAUUUAUAGAUAUUGAUACUGGUUCAUAUAUUGAUAUUACAGGAUUAGGAGUAAGUAAUGAAAUUCUACCAUCAAGAUAUGAUUCAAUUUUGGAGCAAAAUUUUUUACAAGGUAAAACUUCAACUAUUUAUAAUUGUCGUUUCCCACAUUUUUAUUCAUUUGAAGAAAUUUCUCCAUUGAGAUUAACAAAAUUAGGUGAUAUACCAGUAUAUAUCCCCAAUAAUUUAGAAGAAAUUUUAAAAAUGGAAUAUGGUGAAAAAGGUUUAAAAAAUUAUUCAUAUGGUGGAUUUAUAUUUGUUGAUAAAUUAAAUUUAUGGAUUGAAGAAUCAAAAUUAAAAUUUUUAAAAUCACUGCUUGAAGAUUCAAUGAUUGAUAUAGUUCAAAAUUUAUCAGAAGAUGAAAUUUUAGAAAUACUAAUUCGUAAUCCAGAUAUUUUAUCAGAAUAUUAUAUAACUCACAACGCUACAAACUUUCAUAAACAAGAAUUAGAAAUGAUGUUUAAUUUACCAAAUGGUACGCAAACAAAUAUGAAAGAUAUUGGUUCAAUGUUUUCAAAAGAUGAAAUUUCUUUAAAUAAUGAUUAUCAUCAACUACUCCAACUGAAUACAAAAUUUAAUAAACCUUUAAGAAAAUCUAUUUUUAAUUAUGAAAAAUUUGAUAGAAUUUUACAUCAUAAUGAUUAG